GGCGCGGCGGCGGCGGCGGCGCCGGUGGGGCCGGGGCAGCCCCGAGGCCGCGGGUCCCCCCGUGGCCAGGACGGAGCCGGAGGAGAUGGAAGCACCGGGAUGCACCGGCUCAGAAUGGCUGGUGGUCCCCAAGGCGGAGGUGCCCCCCGAGGAUGACAGGGAUGAUCCAGGGGAGCCAGAGCUGCACGACUCAGGGCCGUGGCUGGUGCGGAAGGUGAAGGUGGAGGAGGAGGAGGAUGAGGCCGAGGCCUGGGCGGCCGCAGCUGGAACCGAGGCCCCGCUGGCGCCGCCGCCCCUGCCCGGCGCCUUCCCCCCCGAGCCCGCCGGGCCCCCGGGGAUCGCCGGUGCCUGCAAGGCGGAGGAGCCGUGCCCGGAGGAGCUGGGCUACGGGGUGCUGCCGGCCUGGGGGCCGGGGCCGCACCUGGACAGCAUCGGGAUCGCCUUCGGGAUGGGCACCGGCACCGGCACGGCCGCGGGGAUGAGCCCCGGCCCCGGCGGGUGCGGGCGGCGCUCGCAGCCCGGCCCGCGGCCCUUCUGCUGCCCGCAGUGCGGGAAGGCCUUCGGCAAGAAGGCGCACCUGACGCGGCACCUGCGGGUGCACACGGGCGAGCGGCCGUUCCCGUGCCCGCACUGCGGCCGCCGCUUCCGCCAGCGCAUCCACCUGCGCUCGCACCUGCGCACGCACACCGGCGAGCGGCCCUACCCCUGCCCGCGCUGCGCCCGCCGCUUCCGCAAGAAAACGCACCUGGACCGGCACCUGCGCACGCACACCGGGGAGCGGCCGCACCCCUGCCCGCGCUGCGCCCGCCGCUUCGCCCACCGCCAGCACCUGCUGCGCCACCUGCGCCUGCACGGGGACCCCGCCCCGGGGCACGGGGACGGGCACGGCCCUGCCGAGGAGAAGCCGCUGCCCUGCCCGGGCUGUGAGAUCAGCCUCGCCUGGAAGCAGAGCCCCGCGCCGCACCUGGGGCUGCACGCGGGAGCGGUGCCGGGAGCUGGGAACGGACACCUGGAUCACCCGGAUGAGCAGCGGGACGGGGACAGGGACGGCCCUGCCGAGGAGAAUCUGCUCAUUUGCCCCCAGUGUGGCACGGGCAUCCCCUGGAAGCAGAACUCAUCAUCGCACCUGUGGCAGCACCUGGAGAGCCAAGCCCUCGGCUGCGCCCAGCACCCCCUGCAGCCCCCACAGGAGCCCACAGCCCAGGACCCCCAGCACCCCACACCGGUGCCCACGGCCCAGGACCCCCAGCACCCCCCACCAGUGCCCACAGCCGAGCCGCCCUUCGUGCCGGACCCCCAGCUCCUGCCACAGGUGCCCGGUGCCAACGGCAGCCACGGCUGUGCCCAGGACCCCACGCCCCUCCUGCAGCCCCCGCAGGCACCUGGUGCUCAGGACCACCAGCCUCAGCCGCAGGUGCCCGGUGCCCAGGACCACCAGCCCCAGCCGCAGGUGCCUGGUGCCAAAGGCAGCCAAGGCCACACCCAGGACCCCCAGGACACCCCGCAGGUGCCCCCUGCCCAGCGCCCGUUCACGUGCCCCCAGUGCGGGCGCGGCUUCGGGCGCAAGGCGCACCUGGCGCGGCACCUGCUGGUGCACUCGGGCACGCGGCCCCACGCCUGUGCCCGCUGCGGCCGCUGCUUCAGCUCCAAGACCAACCUGGGCCGGCACCAGGCCGUGCACACGGGGCUGCGGCCGCACCACUGCGCCCGCUGCGGCCGCGGCUUCACCCGCAAAACGCACCUGGAGCGCCACGAGCGCACCCACACAGCAGAGCAGCCGUGCCGCUGCGCCCAGUGCGGGAAGGGCUUCCGGCAGAAGCAGAGCCUGGUGACGCACGAGCGCAUCCACACCGGCGAGAAGCCGUUCCGCUGCGGGGACUGCGGCAAGAGCUUCAGCCAGCGGCCCAACCUGCUGACGCACCGGCGCGUGCACACGGGCGAGCGGCCCUUCCCCUGCGCCCAGUGCGGCAAGAGCUUCUCGCAGAAGGCCAACCUGCUGGCGCACCAGCGCAUCCACGGCGCCCACCCCGAGGAGGGCAAGGCGCGGGCGCGGGCGCCGGCGCGGGGCUGCCCCGAGGACGCGCCCUUCGUGUGCCCCGAGUGCGGCAAGAGCUUCCGGCAGAAGCCCAACCUGAUCACGCACCGGCGCAUCCACACGGGCGAGCGGCCCUUCUCCUGCUUCCUGUGCGGCCGCAGCUUCAACCAGAAAACCAACCUGGUGACGCACUACCGGGUGCACACAGGUGAGCGGCCCUUCGCCUGCGCCCAGUGCGGCAAGCGCUUCACCCAGAAAACCAACCUGGUCACGCACCAGAGCACCCACACCGACCUGCGCCCCUUCCCCUGCGCCCAGUGCCACAAGUGCUUCAAGGACAAGGUGUCCCUCAAGGCCCACCAGAAGACGCACAUCCCCCGCCAGCGCCGCUGCCCCGCGCGCGGCCCGGCCCCCGCCGCGCCCUUCGGGGCCGCGCCCGCCCUGCUGCCCCCCGCGCCCGCCCCGCAGGACCCCGCGCCCUUCGCCCCGCUCCCGCCCGCCCCCAAGCUCCCCGAGGGCGCCGCCGAGCUCUUCCCGUGCCCCGACAAGGGCUUCCCGCCCCCGCCCCCGGCCGAGCCCUCCUUCCCCUGCGCCCACUGCGGCGACGGCUUCUGCCCCAAGGUGCCCCUGCUGCGGCCCCCCGAGGCGCCCGCGGCGCCCUUCGCGCCCGGCCCGCCCCUCCUGGGGCCCCUGGGGGCGCAGCCGGGGCCGGGCGAGGCCGUGCUCUCCCCGGAAAAGCCCUUCAUCUGCAAUCAGUGCGGCAACAGCUUCGGGCUCUGGCUCGCCCUCGUCGCCCACCAGAAGAGCCACGCGGGGCACAAGCCGUGCCCCGGCGCCCCCCCCGCGGAGCCGGGCGCCGAGCAGCCCCCCGGGUCCCCCCCGGCGCCGCGGGCGGGCGAGGGCCGGCCCUGGCCGUGCCCCGAGUGCGGGCGGGGCCUGGCGCAGUGCGAGCGGGCGCCGCGGCACGGGGGGCACGGGGGGCACGGCGCCGGCGGGCGCGGCCCCUUCCGCUGCGACACCUGCGGCAAGCGCUUCAGCCUCAAAACCAACCUGGCCACCCACCAGCGCAUCCACACAGGUGAGCGGCCCUUCACCUGCGGCGUCUGCGGCCGCCGCUUCAACCAGAAGGGCAACCUGGUGACGCACUACCGGGUGCACACGGGCGAGCGCCCCUUCGCCUGCGCCCAGUGCGGGAAGCGCUUCGCCCAGAAGCCCAACCUGCUGGCACACCAGAAGACGCACCUGGGCCGCCAGCCCUUCACCUGCCUCGAGUGCCCCAAGCGCUUCAAGAGCAAACUGUCCCUGCGGGUGCACCAGCGCGUGCACACCGGGACCCCCGGCGCGGCCCCCGGCGCCCUGGACCCCGCCGGGAGCCCCUUCCCCUGCGGGCUCUGCGGGGAGGCCUGCGCGGAGCACGGGGGGCUCCGGCCGGGCCACGGCGGCGCCGAGCGGCCGCACACCUGCGCCGAGCAGCUGCACACCUGCGCCAAGUGUCCCCACGCCUGCGCCGAGCGUCCCCACGCUUGUGCCGAGCGUCCCCACGGCUGCGCCGAGCGGCUCCACACCUGCGCCGAGCAGCGCCGCCCCUGUGCCGAGCAUCCCCACGCCUGUGCGGAGCAUCCCCACGCGUGUACGGAGCACCCUCACACCCGUACGGAGCAUCCCCACGCCUGCGCGGAGCAUCCUCACGCCUGCGAGCGGCCCCACACCUGCGGGCAGCCGCAGCCACAGCCCUGCGCCGAGCGGCCGCACCCCUGCGCUGAGUGUCCCCACCCCUGCGAGCAGCCCCACGCCUGCCCCAAGCGGCCCCACGCGUGUGAGCAGCCCCACGCCUGCGCCGAGUGUCCCCGCGGCUGCGCCGAGCACCCUCGCACCUGUGCCGAGCAUCCCCACCCCUGCGAGCGGCCCCACCCCUGCGCCGAGCGGCCCCACGGCUGCCCCGAGCAGCCCCACGGCUGCGCCGAGUGUCCCCACGCGUGCUCCGAGUGUCCCCACGGCUGCGCCGCCGAGCGGCCCCACGCCUGCGCCGAGUGCGGGAAGCGCUUCCGGCAGAAGGUGAACCUGGCCGUGCACCUGCGGACGCACACCGGGGAGCGGCCGUUCCGCUGCGCCGACUGCGGCAAGGGCUUCAGCCAGAAGGCUCACCUGCUGCGGCACCGCCGCACCCACGGCGCCGGCCUGGCCGCGCCCUGCGCCGCCGCCGACCCCCUGGCCAAGGGCCCCGAGCCCCCCGCGCUGCUGCUGCCGCCCUGCUCCCGCGGGGCGCCCCCGGCGCGCCCCGACAGCCCCUCGGGCGCCGCCGACAUCCUCCUGCAGCUGAUGCAGGACGAGCCCCCGCCCGGCCCCGGCGCCGCCCCGCUCCCCGUGCCCCCCUGUAAGUGCCCCGGGGGCGGCCCGAGCCCCCGCGCGCCGGGGCUGCCCCCGCCGUGCUGCUGCGCCGCCUGCCUGGCCCCCCGCCCUCCCGAGCCCCCUCGCGGGCAGCUCUGGGCCAAGGCCGGCGGCUGCGCCCGCGCCUUCGACGAGAAGAGAGUGCCGGGAGCGCCGGAGCGCGAGUGCGGCGAGGAGAAACCGGCGCCGUGCCCCGGCUGCCUGUGAGCCCCGGGACCCCCGGCCGCCUGCGACCCCCACGCUGGGACCUGCGCUGAGACCCCCCCACCCUGCCCCGGCCGCCUGUGAUCCCCCAGCCUGGAACCCCCAGCGAGACACCCCCAGCAAGGACCGGCCCUCGGCUCAUGGGGUCACCCACGGCGAGCCUGGAGGAGAUGGAGCCCAGGGGACAGAGCCAGAGGGGACAGAGCCAAAAGGAUGGACCCGAGGGGACAGCCAAAGGGAUGGAGCCGAGGGGACAGAGUCAACGAGAUGGAGCCAGAGGGGGCAGAGCCAAAAGGAUGGACCCGAGGGGACAGCCAAAGGGACAGAGCCAAAAUGAUGGAACUGAGGGGACAGAGCCAAAGGGACAAAGCUGAGGGCUCGGUGCCAAGGUGACGCUGCCAGCCAGAUUCAGCACUGGGACUUGGAGGAGCCUCCAGCCGGGGCUGUGGGCCAGGGCAGAGCCAGGCUGGGACACAGCACGUUCCUGGCUUGGGAAGACACCAAAGGGCUGGAGGAGCCAGCGCUGGGCCCGGAUCUGCUGUGUGGGCUCCAGCCACAGAGACCAGGAGGAGCUGGGCACAGUGGAGUUGCAUCCACUGGAGCCAGACUUGGGACAAGAGGGGCCCUCAGAGGCUGCCUCUGCUUCCAGAACCUUCCAGCCUGUUCCGGACUGGAUGGCGUUCAUUCCCUAAGGACACGCUGGGAUGGGAGGCUGGGCCGCCCUGCUGCGGGCCGAGCCCUGGGGUCCCCAGUGCGGCUCUGUGCCGGGGGAAGCUGGGAGCACGCUGGGCAAACAGCCAGGAAAAGGAAAAGGGCCUGGAAGGGCUCAGCUCUGCUCGGGGGGAUGGGGGGCAGCUUGUGCUUCUGCUUGCUCUGGGUAACUGCGCGCUUUGGGACUCGAUAUUCGGAUGGGGAAGGGUGACGUGACCGCUGGGGCUGGAUCGUGGUGGUGGUGGGGAGUGGGCUCGGGGGGCUCGGCUGGGCUUUGUGUGGCCUCUCCCCGUCCCCCCGGUGUGACAGAGCCGGGCAUCCACGGUCUGGGCAGAGCUUCACCACAGACACCGCUGGGAGCUGCCACUGCUUCAUCCCAAAGGGAACCGGACCCUGUGACGGGACCGACACCGGGACAGCCGCCCCCGAGCCCCGGCUGGGCAGGGGGUCCCACCCCGCUCCCCUUCCCCAGCUCUGCUCUCUGCAAUUCUAUUUUUUGAGGUUAUUUAAAAUAAAAGCUUCUGAUGGC